UUACAUCACGAUUAAUAUUUCCAUUUCAAGUUUUUUCUCAGACUUUUGUAUGAAUAUUCAACAACGUAUUUUUACUAAACUUGUAUUUCUUCAAAAUAUUCUUAAAACGGAAAUAGCCUCGGUUAUGGUUUAAUGUUGCGUAGAUAAAAAGACACAUGCAUAUUGGUUUAAUAUCAGUAGCGUGAGAAUGAAUGACGUGAUAAGGAUCGCUAUACUGGUCUUCCUUGUAAGAGGUAUAUUUGCUGGCUUUUGUACGUCAACAUACUCGUGCCAAGGCGAAUGCAGUACUAAAAAGACGUAUGGCAAAGAAUGCGGAUGGUUCGGGUGGUUAAGAUGCCCAACGUCUAAAACGGUUUACAGACAUUGUUCGAGUGUAUGCUAUAAAAGAGAGUGUUGUCCUGGCUAUUCUGGAAGCGAUUGUAACACACCUCUAUGUUUUGGGUCGAAUUCAUGUCAAAAUGGCGGCACGUGCAAAUCUCCGAACAUGUGUAGCUGUCCAAGGGGCUUUUCGUCACCCAGAUGUAGUGAAAUCAACGAGUGUAGCAGCAACAUAGGCGGAUGCCAACAUAAUUGUGUAAAUACCUAUGGUUCUUUCUAUUGUACAUGCAGAUCAGGCUUUACUCUUCUCUCGGAUCUCAAGUCGUGUAUAGACCUUAACGAAUGCAAUGUCAACAAUGGUAGAUGCAGUCACGUUUGCAACAACAAUAUUGGGUCCUUCUUUUGUAACUGUAGGGAAGGAUAUAAACUAAGCACAGAUGGACGGUCAUGCUAUGAUGUGGAUGAAUGCAGGCUUGGAACAGCUGCCUGCACUCAGAAAUGUGCAAACACCGAAGGCUCCUUUACUUGUUCCUGUAAUGCUGGAUUUACUUUAGGUGUUGACAGACGUUCAUGUGAAGAUGUCGACGAGUGUGUUGAAGGAACAGCCAAAUGUGAUGGUUACUGCAACAACAUCCCUGGGUCUUACACAUGUUACUGCGACUCUGGUUAUAUCACUGACAGUACCGGCUAUUCCUGCAAAGAUGUGAAUGAGUGUGACACUGGAAACGGCGGAUGUGCUCAAACAUGUAUCAAUGAGGCAGGUUCACACAGGUGUGAAUGUCGAAACGGAUACAAAGCUGUGUUUUCAAGUACAGAUAGCGAAGUGUGUGAAGAUAUAGAUGAAUGCACGGAAUCAAGCGCAUUAUGCUCUCAAAUUUGCGACAACACAGAUGGGUCCUAUAAGUGUAGUUGUAAAAGUGGUUUCAGCCUUAACACAGAUGGUAUUUCUUGUAAAAAUGUUGAUGACUGUAAAGGUGUUGUAUGCAUGAACGAAGGUACAUGUGUUGAUGGUUUGAAUAAUUACACGUGUAUGUGUAAAACAGGUUUCAGCGGCAAACACUGUGAAACAGAUAUUAAUGAGUGCGAAUUUGCAAAUGGGGGUUGUCAAGAUGUAUGUACAAACUCAGAAGGUUCGUUUAACUGCAGUUGUUCAGGGAAUCGAGAGCUAAGCGAAGAUGGUUUCUCAUGUUUUGGAGGUGAAGAAGAAAAGCAGACUGUGUUUGAACGACUCGAAAUUCCUCAACAGCUCCUGCCGAAAGCGUGUUUCACUGUAACGCUUGCCCAAUGCGUAGAUGGAAAUGACAUUACAAUAUAUUUAAGCUCUACAGCGCACUGGUAUAAACUACAUGUAGAUCAAGACUUAAUGUUUACACAUGGUGUUGUCUUUGCUAACGUUAACAAUUUCUCUGUGCCAAUAUCACUAAAGGGAAUUGAGAUGAUUGUAAGAAAUGACGAGUUUACGUUAAAUUAUGGGUCGCUUCACGAAUUGACUGAAGGAGCAAUAAUGGAAAGUGGAAAAACAGACGAUGAUUGUGCAGCGUUCGAACUUGUUGAAAGUGAUAUAUUCGAUUUCAUAAGUAUGGACUCUUUUAUGAAAACUUUUUUGUUCUCGCUCUUUCCUGCAAUUCCUUCUUGGCUAAGAUUUGGAAAAUCAAGAAAUGAAGUUUUGUCUAUUCAAGAUACAAAAAGUACUCUUGUUUAUGGGAGAGACAUGGAUGAUGUUUCGUGGUGCGACGGUGCACCAGUUAUACCAAAUCAUUUAUACACGGUAUUUACGUUUAGUACAGGAUUCAAGCUCAAUAUAUUCGGGGAUGAAAUAGACAUACCAAAACCAUUAAGUUCGAGACGAUUUUGCUUGAUUGUCGACCUUUGCCACCAUUACGGCGGGACAGUGUUUUUGAUGAUACCAGAUGGUUCCCGAGAUAUGUUAUUAAACAUUAGUAUGUUCCAAGCGCUAAAGAAUAAACAAAACUUGCACAUUCAUCCAAGAGGAAUCGGAAUUUCACUAUUGAAAGGGAUAAAUACAAAUUCCCACACACUAUCUGGACAACUCUGGAAUGGAGACACAAUGUUUACACCAUUUCGGCCAAAUGUGAAUGUCUGGAUAGGUGGUGGUAUAAGCAAAUAUGACACACAUUUCACAGUUGAAGGAAACGCUGAUAUUUAUUUUGGUGUUCCAAGCGUUCAAACAAUAUUAACAUCAAUGUUUGUAGAAGAGUGGACAGGAUUUCUCGAUAUCCAACUAUCUUUGUCACCUGUUCUCCGAUUUGAUUUAUUUGGCAAGGAACGUUCUGUGACCUUUCCAUUGCUUACAUCUACUGCAAAUGCGUAUAUUUCUAUCGGAGGUUCAAGCCGCCAAUGGUGUGGUGAUGUUUCAAACCCAGAAGGACUGUUCCUUUCAGUAAUGGUUGAAUUGAACCCAUUUAAAGGAAUACCUUUUCUUGAAGACUUUGUGUUUUCAUCAGUAAAUCGUGUACAUUUGUUUAUGAACACAGAUCCAAAAGAUAAUCAUUUAGAGGGAAUACAGUUUAAUAUAGCAAGCUAUAUACUCGAGCUUGACAAUGUUCUAAACAAUAUCACAGCGGUGCUUAAUGAAGGACUGAUUAUUACCGAACUCUCUGUUUCAAAUACAAUUGAAACAGUUGUUGUAAAAAUGAAAUAUACUUUGAAUAUAAUUAAGGCAAAUAUACAAUUACAUUUAAAUGAUUUGUUUACUGAAGACUUUAAAGAGCUAAUCCACAACAUUGAUAAUAUCCGCAAAAAUCUAGAACAUUUAAGGUCAGCACUUAUUGUUUUAAAAGAUGAAACUGAAUUCGUCAUAAAUGCAGCGAAAGAUCAUUUUAUAAAACUACUAGAAGAUCAAAUCAAAAUGAUAGAGGAUAGUAUCAGGAAUGUAAUGGAUAAUAUAACUGAUACUAUUGCAUCGUCUAUUGGAAACUACACGGGUUUUGGACUGAAGUUCUCUUCAGACUGGACAUUUUGGGGUUUAGAAUUCGCCGGUUUAGACAUUGAAAUGAUGUAUUCAAAGGGAGACCUUUUUAGAUGUAGCCGAUUUGAAGCCGUUAAGAACUUACUCAGUGGAGAAAAUGCUAUUCGGAUGCUCGUAAGGGUAUCAGAAGGAAUCAGAUUAGGGAAAUUUCUGAAAUCUAAGGAAGGAGAAGGUUUAGGUAUUGCAUUUUCGACAACUUCCUUUAAUGUUCUCUUGCAAUACCAGGUACAUAUACAGUUGCUAGGCAUUAAGGUAACUGAAGAUAUUUUUAUAAGCAAUAAUGGUAUAUAUUUUUAUUUAGAAGGAAACAUCUGGGACAUAUUCUUGGCUCAAAUUGACGUUGAAGCGGAGGUUGGUAAAAAUUGGGAUGAACUGACUUUUCAUCUUCGUGGAAGAUUUGUUGCAAAAGCAAGGAAACGCCGUGAUUAUAUCACGGAAACAUCAUUACUACAAAACCGCUAUCAGUUUCCUUAUAGACAUCGUCGACAGGUACAUACGGAAAGUUCUUCUUUUCAAAGCAGUUACUUAGAUGCUUUGCAAACAGUCAUCCGGAUGAUAUCGGAUGAAGCUGAAAAACGGUUAUCUCAAGUGCAAAACGCGCUAAUAUCAGCACAAAAUGGUUUCACUAAAGCACAAGAUUGGUUAGACAAAAAACAAAAAGACGUCAUAGCUGCAAACGUUGUUUUCGACAAUGCAGUUGAUAAACUUGAACAAACAAAGCAAAAACUUGAAGACGCGAAAGGGCCCAUGCAUGAAGCAUUAAAACAAUUGGAAAAAACACAGCGAGACAUCGAUAAUCUGUGUAAAAUAAGGACAUGCAAACCAAUUUGCAUACCUGGAAUUAAAUGUGGAACUUGUGUUAAGAAAACUUGGUUUGGAAAGAUACAUUUACCGUGCUGCAAACUCACAAGUUGUAUGAUCAGUUUUCCAGAUAUCUUGUGCGAAUUUGCAAAUAUAGCAUGCCGAAUAUUUCGAUUUGCAGCUUAUACUGCACUAGAACUUGCAAAGAUAGCUGUUAAGGCUGUGAUGCUUGCAUAUGAUGUUGCUGUAGCAGCUGUUUCAUUUUCCCAGUUCGUAGUAGAUAAAUCUCGUGCUGUUUUGUUUGUGGCAGAAGGACUUUUAGAAUUAGCAAAAAUUGGCCUGGAUGUAGCAAAAGUCGUUUUGGAGGCAGCAAAAAUUGCUUUAGAAGCAGUAAAAAUUGUUAUCGGCGCCUCGGCUGAUGUUCUUCAGUUUGUAAUAGAAAAUGGCUUGAAAGGUAUUAUAGAUGUUAAAAACUGUGGAUUUGAUAUCAAAAUGUCAACGAAAGAUCUUCCUGUAUUUGAAGUUUCAUGUGAAGUAAAUGCUUUUAAGAUAGGCUGGACCGAAAUUAAAUUAAAGAUAAAUUUUAAAAAUAUACUUCAGAGUAUUUGGCAGGCAGCACUGGCAACAAUCAAAGCUCUUAUUGAUAAAUUUGGCGGAAUAUUUUCUGGUCGUAAACGUAGAAAUAUAGAGUUCGAUGCCUCAUCAAGGAUGCAUGUGUUGUUUCGUAAAAUUCGAGAAUCAGAUGAUGUUGACAACACUUUACAUAACCUAAAUGAAACUAUUGAUUUGAGUAACAAUAUAAGUGGCUUUCGUGGAUCAGAAGACAGUGAUUCUGAGAGUAGAGUAGCAUUAUAUAGAGAAAAAUGUUUAUCAAUAACAAUGAUACAAAAUUUUAUGAUUGAUUCAUUUUAUUUCUUGCAAGAAGUUGUAAAUGAUUCGAAAGCUUACUUUGGAGAAAUUGACAAUGUAAAGAGGCAGCUACAAGAGUUUAGCACUAUAAAUGUAUCAUCUCAAAAUAUGACAACUGACAGCCUCGGGAUAAGUAGACAAUAUGCUACUAUGGAUUAUAAUAUGACAGAGAAUGACAUUGACAAAGCAAUUAAUGAUACAACAACGGCAGUUGCUGAAGAUCCAUUGCUUUUUGAAAUACAGUCGGCGGCAAGUGUUUUAAGUAAAAACGUGGAUGAUGAAAUUAAAUCUGUUGAGGCAAUUAAUUAUCAAAAUUCUUGGUUUACGUCGAUGAAAAAUAAUACAAGGGAUUAUUUCAAUGAGUCCGAAUGCGUAGACUUUCAGGAUUGUAUAUUUUACGCUAUUUCAAACUUGUACGUUCUUUAUGAAUCAGAGACAAUUCCAAACAUAUCUGACAUUCAAAAAACAAUUCUUGAUCUUGAAAGUUUACUGAUUCAAACAUUUCAGAACGAAUCUUCCUCUAUAAUCGAUACAGCAUCUGCAUUUGAGUAUGUUCUCUUUAACAUUAACAGACUUGUCAGUAUGAAUUUAUUUUGUUCAGAGGCUCCUACGUUUGUUAAACAGCUUCACAACAAGACUGUCUUACACGGCAGCGAUGUUACAUUUCUCUGCAAUGCUACAGGUGAUCCAGAACCUAUCUUCUUUUGGUUAAGGAAUGAAACAAUUAUCCCAGAAGAACGUUCCAAUGUGCUGGCCGUUUUAAACGUUACCCAAAAUGAUUCUUACGACAAGUACAAUUGCAUUGCUGGGAAUAUAGUGACAAAUAUCACCUCUUCUGAUGCUUAUAUAAGUGUCGUGCUACAAGAGACCGAUGAGUGCAAUACAGGAACGAACGUCUUUGUUUGUGAUCAUAUCUGUAAGCAGGUAGGUUCAUUCGCUUGUUCUUGUAAAGACGGAUAUAGUUUAAGCGAAAAUAACAUAACAUGUGACGAUGUUGACGAGUGCUUAUCCAAUAACGGUGGUUGCGGCCAAAUUUGCAUCAACACAAAUGGCUCGUUCAGUUGCUCAUGCGGGCAUGGAUAUUUCCUACAUGCAAACAGAACAUCGUGCGUAGACAUCGAUGAAUGUCUUGAUAACAAUGGCGGUUGUAACCAAAAAUGCGAAAAUCAAGACGGAUCUUUUAAAUGCUUGUGUAAUGAAGGGUACCAAAUCGACAUGGAUUCUCUCUCUUGUCUUGAUAGAAACGAAUGUGAAGAGAAUAAUGGUCAAUGUGAAGAAACAUGCAUCAACUUUGAUGGAACGUACAUUUGUAAUUGCCAACAGAAACGAUUUCUGAAUGAAGACGGCUUAACAUGUAAAGAUGUUUCUGGUACAGCGGUAUCAUCAACUAUACGUCUAUCUAUAGACAGUGACACAGCUUUAAGAAACUAUACCUUGUAUACAGAAAUCAUGAAUGCAUUGCAGAGUUACUUCAGAGCAACAUCAAAAGCUGUAGUUUUCGUUUCUGACCACACUAUAAGAGCCGGAAGUAUAAUUGUAGAUUACACAAUGGUUAUUGAAGAAAAGAAAAAUCAGACUAUGGUAGUUGAUGCAGUUGUUCAGGCGAUUAUAGAUUUAGACGAAGAUGGAAUCCUGGUCAUUGAUGGAAAACCUGUUCCUGUGAAACCAAUAUUUCCAGCAAGUGCUGGUCCAUGUGAACUACGGGAACUUCUAGCAGGACCCUGUGAUAAUAACACAGUUUGUCAAGUUUUUGGCAACAACCCAAUUUGUCGGAAAACAAAAAACAACAUAGAAAACGUCGAAGAGGAGAGUGAUCUUAUCAUUGUUGGAGUUGUCUUGGGAGUUGUUGUUUUCUUAGUGACAGUGGUUUUGUUGGUAGUUUGUGCUUUGAAGAAAAGAAACCAUAAAAAAUGGACACCAAACAUGCCUAACGGAAGAAAAUCCUCACAUAAAUCAGAAGAAAAUGUUGCACUUCCCUACUUAGGCCAAAGGAAUGUGCCAAAAAAGGCCCCAGUCACUGCUUCUGUACAAAGCGCAACUGGUGGUCGUGCUGAGCCGUAGAUGUCUUUUACAAUUAGUUGAAAUUUACACAGAUAACGCACAUGGAUCAAAGUGUCGACUAGAUCUAUGUUGCAGGGACAGAUGACUUAAGUUUGAUUUUUUUAAAGUGUAUAUAGAAGGCUUGUAAAUUUACGCAAAAACAUGAUUUAGAUUAUCGUUAUGACGAAAUUUACUUUAUUACUCUCGAGUGUUACAUUAAUACCAUUCAUAUAUUGUUUCUAAAAAUGACAUUUAAUUUAUAUUAUACAUUUUUCAUUUUUAUAUUCAUUAGCUUUAUUAUUGCAUUUGUUGUUUUAUCAUUGAAAUACAUAUAAUAGCGUAUUGCUAUCUGGUCAGAUAGCACAAUUAAAAGUACAGGAAAGCCAACAUCACCUUAAAACGUUAACAUUCUCUGACAAUGUUCUAUAUAUUUUACGUAAUGUAUCUCCUUUAAAUUAUGCAAUCAUUUUAAUUAUUUUAAUCAAGUCUGAACUAUUUUGUUAAUACCUAUUUUCUAUUUUUAAAUCAUGGACAGUUUUAUCGUAAAGCUACUAAUUUAUAUCAUCUGAACAAACUUCCUAGUUACUGUAAAUACAACCAUCAUAGAUAACUCUAAAGCUUUGCCUUCUUACAAUUUUUAUCUUUUUUAAUUGAUCUUGAAAGAUUAUAUUCAAGAUAUUGAGUUCAGAAAAAUACAAGAUAAACGAAUUUUCUUAUCGAGUCAUACAAACUUGUUUAUACACAAUAUUUAAAAUAAGGAAAGAUCGUUUGCAUAUAAGUUUGAGGGCAAUUUUGACCAAAACUGUGAGGAGUAUUUUUGUUCAGUAUGCUCUAUGUAUAUAAGUAUAGAUCUAACACCUGUAUUUAUCAUUCUGGAUCUUUAUGCCCCCACAGAGUGGGAGCAUAUAGCGUUGCACUUGUCCGUCCGAGUGUCCGUCCGUUUGUCUGUCCGUCUGUCCCGAAAUCUUGUGAACGCAACUCCUCUUAAAACGGAUGGCAGAUUUUGCUUAAACUUCCAGGGAUAAACAACCUUAAUGUGUAGAUGGCAGUAAAGAAAGGAAUUUUUGCUGCGACCAAAUUUAACAGAAUUAUGGCCCUUUGUUGAUUUUUUUCACUAUAUACUAUGUAGAAAUUUUGUGAACGCAACUCCUCUUAAACCGGAUAGCAGAUUUUGCUUAAACUUCCAGGGAUGAACAACCUUAAUGUGUAGAUGGCAGUAAAGGAAGGAAUUUUUGCUGCGACCAAAUUUAACAGAAUUAUGGCCCUUUGUUGAUUUUUUCACUAUAUACUAUGUAGAAAUUUUGUGAACGCAACUCCUCUUAAACCGGAUAGCAGAUUUUGCUUAAACUUCCAGGGAUGAACAACCUUAAUGUGUAGAUGGCAGUAAAGAAAGGAAUUUUUGCUGCGACCAAAUUUAACAGAAUUAUGGCCCUUUGUUGAUUUUUUCACUAUAUACUAUGUAGAAAUUUUGUGAACGCAACUCCUCUUAAACCGGAUGGCAGAUUUUGCUUAAACUUCCAGGGAUGAACAACCUUAAUGUGUAGAUGGUAGUAAAGGAAGGAAUUUUUGCUGCGACCAAAUUUUACAGAAUUGUGGCCCUUUGUUGAUUUUUAGUUUUCAACUUGUGGCACAUGUAGUCCAAAAAAUAUUUGACCUAGAGUCAUAAGAUUGACAGAAUAAUGGCGUGUGGGGGCAUCCGUGUCCUAUGGACACAUUUCUAGUUUAUAUCGUAUGUUUGUUGCUGAUUAAAUUUACUGUGAAUUUUUCUUCUUUUCGAAAAAAAUAAUUCUCUUAACAACAA